GCCCUGAAACAGAAGUCCUUCCAAGACGACAAGAAAAUCAAAGACCUUGCAGCGGCGCUUAGAGAAAAGGUUCAGCCAGACCUAGUGUGACAUCAGAGCAGCUGAAGGCAAUGCAGCAGCAGGAGUAUCAGGCGGACGUCGAGGGCAGCUGGCACCCGGAACAGCUGGAGGACCUGCAGAUGUCAGGGAACCAGUGCCAAGGGCCGGAGACCCAGCCGCGGGAAUGGCCGCGCUCUCCGGGCCAGCGGGCUGACUGCCAAGUAUCCCGUCCAGCCUCCGAGCGGAUGGCCACCCAGAGCCAGUGGCUCGACCACCAGGCCUGCGGCGACCAACAACUGCUGUGCCCGGCUAUCCCGCACCAGCGGGACCAGGUGUACGACGACGGCGAGGACAACUGGUCUUGCUCCCAAGGCGGGCGGUGCGGGAUCCGAGCCCAGCGCCCCGAUCAGGAAGCAGGGAGCUCAAGGGGCCCUGGGGACGGACACCAGCCACACGGCUCUCAAGUGGAGGCCUGGUUGGACGGCAUAGAGCGAGGACAUCGAGGCUUACGCCGCGAGGGUCACCGUUGGCAGCGGCGGGACAUCUCACCAGAAUCUGAUGCCACACCACGUUACUCCAACCAGGGGCAACCCACGGGCAGUCUCCCAGGAAGCGAGGGGGGCUUCCACCCUGGGUGUCCCUUCGACCAGCAACAGCAGCCUCCCUGUAAGUCCCGUGGCAGGGGACCCGACCAGCAACGGCGUCGCUCCCCCCAGAGGUCCAGCCCUCGGGUCACCUGCCCCAAGGAAGACCAGGCGGCCCAAGGUGGCGGAGCAGGGGAGAGCGGACGGCUCCCGCCGCGGGAGGAGGAGGGGGCAGGCGGCGGAGCAGGAGGGGGUGCGGAAGGCCGUGGAUGCCGGCGAUGGAGGCUCCACCAAGGGCGGGCGCGCUGCCCGCAGACCGGGCUGCCAGCGGAGCACCUCCUGAGGCUGAGCGUGAAGCUGGGGGAGCCGCCGGCCAGAGCACACCGCAAGAAGCGAGCAUCCCACCGAUCGGCCGGGAAGAGGCAUCCCUUCCCAGAACCUGAUUUUAAACCAAACUCACUCAGCACGAAGCUCCACAGAGACCAGAGAACAGAGCUAGUCCUGACCUCUCAGGAUAUAUCCAAGGAGACGACUGCAAAGAAAAAGCAGCUGGCCCAACUAUUACAGAUGGUGGCAAGUCACACCUCCCAUCUUCUCAAGGGCAACAUGCUGGGAAACAGGUAAUGUGGAAAAAAUUUCCCACCAGCAGGAGAGCAAUGGGAAUAUUCCAGGACAGCCUGAGAUACAAACCAAUUACAGAUUGUUCACAGAGAGACUGAGCUGCUGAACCUCAUAUGAGCUGGGAUUCGAGAACACCUCUGCUCUCAUACAGCUACA